UACUGCACUGGUAUCUAUACUUAACUUGCGAUUUUAAUAAGCAAUCACGCGUAUCGUGACCACUAAUAAAAUGUUUGUUUCUAUUUAAUAUCAUCAUGAUUAAUAAAAAAUAAAAAUUUACUUUGUCUGUCAUUCGUAAAAACCAACAUCACGUCAUUUAUUUUAUUAUUAUUGACUGGUUUUCUCGUUGUUUCAAAUCACUUGUAGUUGUCACGCGGAUCGACAGUGUCCUCGUGGUAUUAAUCGAUGUGACAAUCGAUUGAUAACAGGUGUAUGUAUUAAUAGGAGUAAUAAAAAAAAACUCUUUUUUUUUAAGUAGAAGUAAUUAAUGAUGCGUUUGAAUUCUUGAUAAAAAUUAAAGUAAAAUUUUAGUAAAUAAGAUAAUAAAAAAUAUAUAAUGGAAUUGAGAUUAUGAUUUUUUUAAAUACGAGUUGUUUGUAAAAAUUAUUUUGACGUAAGAAUAUGAAAUUUUACGAGAGAAGGCAGUUAUGGAUUCUUGUGAUGAUUGCAUGUAAGACUGGUAUAGCAGAAACAACAGAAGAAGGUAUUUCUUGUUAUAAAUGUACAGUAGCACCUUUGAGAGGAGCUCCGGAAGCGUCUAGUCAAAUAUGCAGUCAAUUCAAAGAGAAUCAUCACUUUCAAGUCUACUGCCCAAAGUCUACGAUGUGCAUGAAACGUACGAUUUAUCACAAACUAGUCAACGGAUCGAUAAUAAAUACAAGUGUGGAGCGAGAUUGUGCGUCGCAGCUUGAUAUAUUUCAAGCUUACGAUUACAAUAAAAGACAAUGGAGUCAGCAGGAAGAAAUAGUCCUGACAGCGUAUCCAGAGGGUUGUUUCACUGGUGAAGAUCGCGGCUCACCUGGUGGACCACCCGAGUAUUGCUUUUGCAAAUAUAAUUUAUGCAAUGACAGCAACGUCAAUCGGCAAAUUUAUACACUCAUUAUUAUACCGUUUUUAAUAUUAAUAAUUACCGGUUCUGUGGCAAUAUGACAUGACAUUAUCAUUUAUAGAUAAAUAAUAAAAUAAUGUAAAUAAAAUUAAUUAGUGCUGUGAGAUCAAAAGAUAAAUGUACUUGAUAUUUUUAAUGUGCAAUUUAAAUAAAAUAAUUACCUCGGC